AUGAGCGAACUCAGACGACGCGGACCUGCGACGCAGCAGUCCCCGUCCGCCGUGUCGCAGGACGAAAUCGACGAGCAUCAUCCUCUGGGAGAGGCGCCUCAUGGGCUUUUCAUGCAGCUGCUGCGAGUGAUUGCAUUUGGCAUCUACUUUUUCGGCAUCGGGUUCUUCAUACAUGGCGCGCAAUUGCUUGCCAUUCCGCUGUACUUUUACAACAAGGACUGGUUCUACGCAUGGAUUGCCAUGACCAAGCAGUUCUUUGGCCUGCUCAUCACCACCAUGACGCAGUGGUGGAGUCCGACGCUGGUGCGCAUCAGCGGAGACAAGAGCGUGGCGGGACUGCUGCGACAGGACGAGCAAGGUCUGCUUACCGUCGACUUURGGGAUCGUGCGGUCAUCAUGGCAAAUCACCAAAUCUACACCGACUGGCUGUAUCUAUGGUGGAUCGCAUACACCAACGCAAUACCCACGCACGGCCACAUCUACAUCAUCUUGAAGGAUUCCCUCAAGUGGAUCCCUCUGAUUGGCCCCGCCAUGCAGUUUUACGGCUUCAUCUUCAUGGCUCGUAAAUGGGCGACGGACCAGCAGGUGAUGCGCCACACACUGCAGAAGCUUAAUACACGGCAUUCCGGUCCCAUGACUGGAAGUAGAGGCGCCGCUCAGCUUGAUCCCAUGUGGCUGCUCAUCUUCCCGGAAGGUACUAAUCUAUCCGCCAAUACCAGAGGCCAUUCUGAGAAGUACUCCGCCAAGUCGGGCAUCCCUGACUUGAAGCAUCAGCUGCUCCCGCGUAGUACGGGUUUGCAGUUCUGCUUGCAGGAGCUUCGCGGUACCGUAGACUACAUCUAUGACUGUACUAUCGCCUAUGAAGGUACACCGGUGGAUGGCUAUGCCUCGCAAGUCUUUGGGCUGCGAUCAGUCUACUUCCAAGGUCGACCACCCAAGAGUGUCAACAUGCAUUGGAGGCGAUUCGCCAUCAAGGACAUUCCCCUGGAUGAUAGUAGUAAGAUGUCAGACUGGGUAUUGGAGCGAUGGCGUGAAAAGGAUGAGCUGCUGGCAUACUUUGUGAAGAAUGGCAAGUUCCCCGGUGACAAAACUGCGGUCUCCAUCGAGGGUGGGCCGACCGACAGCUUCAAGACGCCUUAUAUCAACACAGAGGUACGACCUCAAACMCCAGUGGAAAUGCUGCAGAUCUUCAUGCCUGUUGCUGCAGCUGCCAUGGUCGGGAGAGUGCUGGUUCAGAUUGCGGAUCGAAUCUUUGGCAAGUAG